CUAUGUACCUGUGCCUACUGCAGAUAGACCUCAAAAUAUGUUUAACACCAUUACUGUAUUGUAGUUGUUGAGAAGUGCUUGUGUGUGUGUGUAAAUUUAAUUAAUUUACGUCAUGGUAGAUACACGGAAUAUUGUAUUGUUUACUUGUUUUGUUCUCAUUUUAGGUUGUAAAGGACAAAGGGACCCGUCUUUUCCGAUAUCGAAAAGCAGUUUCAGACCAAUAUUGCGGACUGCAAUCAGCGUACCAAAAGGCAGAUCCGUUUCUCUGGACGACAUCAUUAUUAGACAUUUCAGCUCUAACAGUUCAGACAGUACUGCGUAUCGAAUUAAGGCCAUUACAAGAUUGCUCUCGGAUCCUAGUUUCGAUCCUCGGCGACCGACAGUCCUGUACGCGCAUGGAUACAUUGAGUUGACAGAGGAUGAUAGUGUGCUGACAAUUGUAAAGGCAUACAGGCAGAACGGUAGAUACAACAUCCUGAUUUUGGACUGGUCAAAUCUAGCUUUUGGUUCUUAUGUACUCGUGGCCCUGGAUCUGAAGCCUGCAGCUGUUGAAAUAAGUAAUGCUUUGGUGAAGCUCCUGAAGGAAGGGCUCAAUGUAAAAGGGCUACAUUUCGUAGGACAUUCACUGGGCGUACAUCUGUUGGGGGCGGUCGCUAGGAAUUUAUCCACGAGAGGAUACGUCGUGCCAAGACUUACAGGCUUGGACGCAGCUUACCCUGGCUUCUACCCACCGAUCCUGUCAACUCCAGCGUCACCAUCAGACGCAUCCUUCGUAGAUAUGGUGCAUACAGAUGGCGGCGGGUAUGGGGCACCGCAAUCCUGUGGCCAUGUGGAUUUCUGGCCUAAUGGCGGUACAGCUAAGCAACCUGGCUGUUUGCCCGCUACCUUACUUUUGACUUCCGAGGAUUUGUGUAGCCACUGGUGGUCGUGGGAGUUUUGGUCUGAAGCAGUGGCUGGCGAGCAGUUUUUGGGGCGCAAAUGUCAGUCUUACGAUAGCUUCUUACGCGGACAAUGCACUAACACACAGCUGGCUACAUUGGGACCCAGUAUAGAUGUCAGAUUACGUGGAAAUUUUUAUCUUAGGACCGCAGCACAGAGACCGUACUCUUUGGGUGUGAGAGGGAUAGACUGAUAUUAGCAUACUUACGUAGUUAUAACUUCUUACCAUAUGGAGGGGAAAGGGAUUGUUAGUAACGGAGACUGAGAAUCCCAUUGCUAGCAAUAUACCUAACCAGGUCGACCUCCACGCGGUUCCCCCUGGAAACUAUCAUGGUUAAUUUCUGAUGAAUUCAUCAUGAUGGGCUAACUGGCUUGUUUUCAUUUUCAUCGAUCACCCUUCACAGGUCCUGUCACAGGCCUCCAGGUCACAGGCCCUGCCAGCGUAUACCAUUAGCGCAGGCGGGGUUACCAUUCUAUUUUCACCCAUCAAAAAUUUGUUACCAUAAUAUGUGUGAUCGUUAAUA